AUGGAUCUCGCCGCGCAGAAAGACUUCGAAGAACAUAUCGCACUGUUGCGGCGUUCAGCAUUGGCCAUCAAUCGGGUACUGUUCAAAGUCUUACAGCACGUUGGACUGCAACUUUUCGAUCUUGACUCAGUACACACAGCAGAAGCUCAACCGUUGCUCACGUUCGUGGUUAACGCAGCACUGUUCGCUCGAACAUUAGCGUAUCGCGCCGAAGGUCAGCCCUUUUUCAGGCUCAUUGACAACGUUCGUUUCAGUCUAGACCUUGACACAUUCAAGGAGUCUAUCGCAAAUCCCUACCUCGCGGCUCGAAUGCUAUGGAUAAAGCAACGUCAAGCUGAAGGCCAAAAGCUGUAUCCAACCGAAGGCCAUUCCUAUAAGCUUAUAUUGGAGUAUGAAACUUUACACAAGGGCCUGAGCGGUCGAAUACAAAAAGAGUACCUCGAUGAAAAAUACAUUCGAAGCUAUACGUCUUUGGAGUGGGACCGUUUCAUCAGUAUGGUUUCAUACUUGACCUGCUGUCGGUACAAGCAAGCAGAGUUCAUCGGUGAGUUAGAUGCGGUGCUUGAUGAGCGAAGCGUUGCUCUCAGCGAAACUUCUUCUUAUGACGGGAACGACAGCGAGGCCACAGAAGGCGAAAACAAUCUUGGUGCCGACGAAGACAACGACGAUAUGGAGGACACUGUACCGUCCGACUCCCAAGGUAACGACUCUGACUCCGACACGAGGAGGGAAGUCCCACCUAGUAAACGAUCACCAAUCUACCCAGCGGUAUCGGAAUUCACCACGCCGUGUACCCAAGAGGCAAUGGCAGCGAGUGAUGCGGCCGAUCGCCGCUGCUAUGCCUGUUAUUACGACUACGGGGUGUCUUUCUCGCAUUCGAACAAAACCGAGCCAGCUGUCCGUACUCCCUGCGGCCACGUUCACGGUACUAUCUGUCUCGAGGAUCAUCUGAAGACAGGCAAAGCCACUUGUCCCGUAUGUCGUGAGAGACUGUUCGGUUUUGACCAGCGCCUUGAUUUCCAUGAAAGCGGCAUGUAUGUUCGUCUGGUGCAGGCUAUAGAUGGCAUCGCCAAGCUAGAUCCGGCUAUCGAUCGCUAUCUGUUGGAGGGUCAGAAAGAGACACACAACUUCGACUUUGCGAAACUUCUCAAAGACCUCUUCAGUCUCUGUUCGCGUGUUAUCCUUUGUCGGUCUGAAUUGCGAAAAGCGAUUCCUAUUGAAAUGUCAUUGGAAGAGGUGUAA